UGGGCGAACCUCAGAUCCUCAACAUCUUCUGUGACGGGCAGUGGUCACGGAAACACAGAGCAAGCAAAGGGGAGAGCCACUAAGGAGGGGGAAACGUGCACUAAAGCCAUUUUCUUGGAGGAGCCAGUGUCGUUGAUGGGAAGAGGAUGCAUUGCGGGCUGCUGGAGGAGCCUGAUAUGGAUUCCACAGAGAGUUGGAUUGAAAGAUGCCUCAGCGAGAGUGAGAGUAAGAGAUACUCCAGCCACACGUCUCUGGGGAACAUGUCCAACGAUGAACAUGAAGAAAAAGAAAACAAUAGAGCUUCUAAACCACAUUCGACACCGGCUACUCUGGAAUGGCUAGAGGAGAACUAUGAGAUAGCUGAAGGAGUAUGUAUCCCCCGAAGUGCCCUCUAUAUGCAUUACCUUGACUUCAGCGAGAAGCACGACACGCAGCCUGUGAACGCAGCCAGCUUUGGAAAGAUCAUCAGGCAACAGUUCCCAGCGUUAACUACCAGAAGACUGGGGACUAGAGGGCAGUCCAAGUACCAUUACUACGGCAUAGCGGUGAAAGAGACCUCUCAGUAUUAUGACGUGAUGUACUCCAAAAAGGGAGCGGCGUGGGUGAACGAGACGGGGAAGAAAGAGGUCACGAAGCAGACAGUGGCGUAUUCACCACGCUCCAAACUGGGGACACUCCUGCCAGAGUUUCCAAAUGUCAAAGACCUAAAUUUGCCCGCCAGCCUGCCAGAGGAGAGGGUGUCAACUUUCAUCAUGAUGUACAGAACGCACUGUCAGAGGAUACUGGACACUGUAAUAAGAGCUAACUUUGAUGAGGUCCAGAGCUUUUUGCUGCACUUCUGGCAGGGCAUGCCUCCCCACAUGCUCCCCGUCCUUGGCUCUCCCACAGUGGUGAACAUCGUGGGUGUUUGUGACUCCAUCCUUUAUAAGGCCAUCUCUGGGGUGCUGAUGCCCACCGUCCUGCAAGCACUGCCUGAUAGUUUGACUCAGGUUAUUCGAAAAUUUGCCAAACAGCUUGAUGAGUGGCUUAAAAUAGCACUUCACGACCUCCCUGAAAACCUGAGAAACAUCAAAUUUGAAUUGUCCAGGAGAUUUUCUCAGAUUCUGAAGCGGCAAACUUCAUUAAACCAUCUCUGUCAGGCAUCGCGGACAGUGAUAAACAGUGCCGACAUCACCUUUCAAAUGCUGGAAGACUGGAGGAAUGUGGACUUGAACAGCAUCACCAAGCAGACACUUUACACCAUGGAGGACUCACAAGAGGAACACAGGCAGCUUAUUAUCCACUUGUAUCAGGAGUUUGAUCGUCUUCUGGAGGAGCAGUCUCCCAUCGAGGCAUACAUCGAGUGGCUGGACUCAAUGGUGGACCGCUGUGUCGUCAAGGUGGCAGGGAAGAGGCCCGGGUGCUUGAAGAAGGUGGCCCAACAGUUCCUGCUGAUGUGGUCGUGUUUUGGUACCAGAGUCAUCCGGGAUAUGACCCUCCACAGCGCACCCAGCUUUGGUUCCUUCCAUCUGAUUCAUCUCAUGUUUGACGACUACGUGCUUUAUCUGCUGGAGUCUCUGCACUGCCAGGAGAGAGCCAAUGACCUUAUGAGGGCCAUGAAGGGGGAGGGCAGCACAGCAGAGAGAGAGGAGGAAUUCACGUUGACAGAAAACACCCCCACUUCUCCAUCUCCAGGAUCCUUCUCCCCCGCCCGCUCGGUCCACUCAGUGGGGGUUUCCUCAGCCAGCUCCCCUACAGCAGCCGUGUCCCCCGAGUACACGGGAGUCACUCCCACCACAGGCGCCGUUCAGUCAUAUACCUGGUCCCUUACAUACACAGUGACAACAGCAGGAGGCUCCGCUCCAGAGGCCGGCCAGCAGCUGUCCUGUAUGAGGAACAGUGCUCCAGUCCCUCCUCCUUCUUCAGCCCAUAGGAUGCCGGUCUACACACACAGAGAGGAGCAUGGGUACACUGGUAGCUACAAUUAUGGCAGCUACACCAACCAGCAUCCUCACUCCAUCCAGAGCCAGUAUCCCAGUCUGAGCCAUGAGUCAACGAUCCCGCCUCCCCUCCACUAUUCAGCCUACCACCGCUCAUCUGCACAGUACCAGCUGAAUGGCCAGAUGUCUCGCAUGGAGCCCUGCUUGAUGGGCAGCACUCCUCGGUUGCACCCUGCACCUGUUGCCCCUCGGUGGCCAGACGUGUCCCCAGCUAACAGCUGUUACACCAGCCCACCUAUGCAUUCAUCCCGUUAUGCCACCUCUGGAGACAUGUAUUCUCCUCUGGGCUCACGCAGGAACUCAGAGUAUGAACACUCGCAGCAUUUCCCUGGCUUUGCCUACAUUAAUGGAGAGGCCACCACCGGCUGGGCCAAAUAACUGGAGACCUUCCUGCCAAAUGCAAAGUUUUUGAACAUUUCCAAUCAUUUAAGUCAAAAAAGGAGGAGCAGAUAGUGAGGCGUACCAAUGCAAGAUAUUAGGAAUCAUGGUGAGGAUGUACUGACAAUUUGAGAAUACCCUGCUGAUUGUUGUAUAGUUUGUGCAGAGGUUUAGUGAAAUUUCAACAAUCAAUGUCUUAAUUCACUGCUGGGGUAAAAAUUUCAGUUUGAAUCAUGUAGAUUGUCACAACAUGCAGCAAAAUCAUGAGUGCAAUGCUGCUGCCAAGCUGUGCCUUUGCUUUAAGGAAUGUACUCCUUUGCCAGUUUCCCUCCUCUGUCUCCACGUGAGAGCACGCAGCAUCAGUCUGUUUUAUGACUGCAAGAUCUGCACGCUGGUAGCUGUCACUGACUCCUUUACAAUCUCAGUGACAUGGCUGUCUCCUCUUGUCACUCUGCAGAGAGCAGCAUCUCAUCGUGGGCUUGUCAAAGCACAUUAGUUUGCUGCAGAUUGUGGAUGAACUGUACUGCCUUAAUGUUCUUUUAGGACACCAGGUACACACUGUGGUACAAAGCAAAACACUGAAAGACACAAACUCCUGAGUGCUGUGUUUAGGUGUCUUUAUUUUGAGUUUUUUUAAUGAUUGAAUGCUGUGACUCAAAAAAACUGUACAAUGUAAAUAUAAAUAUAUAUAUAAAGUAUGUAUUCUGUAACUUUGUAACAUGGUGUAUCCUUUAUUUUCUAUGUUACAAUUGGUACUUUGUUUUCUCUGUUUUGUAUGGUUAGUAAGAGACGCAUUAACCUAGGGUUGUGUGUUUUAUAAUGC